UCCUCACUUGUGUGCUGUGCGUGUGACAGGCAGGAGCCGGUGCGGGAGGCUACAGCACGCAUAUAGCGCACAGCGGCGGAGGGAAGACCAUGCUGUCCCCGCAGUGCUCGGCAGCAGUAUGACUGUGGGGCAGGCGAGGAGGAAGAUGCAGCCCACCUCAGAGAGCAGCAGCAGCAGCAGCGGCGGCGGCGGCACCGGAGUCAGCACCGCAGGGCUCAGCCGCAGCAAGAGCGUCCGGGAGCAGCAGGCGCAGCUGAAGCACAAGCUGAGGGAGCUGCCAUCCCUGCUGAGGAGCGGCCUGACCCUGCGGAGAAGGAGCUCGGUGUAUGGACCCUCACCUUCCUUAUCGGACACGGAGGAGACCGCGGCGGCCACUGCCACCAAUGGCCCGAUAUUAUCGGAAAGAAUUUCAAACCUGUGUAUAGAUAAUUCAACCAACAAGUCAUACGGGGAGAGCGUAACAUGUGCUGGGAGAGCUUUGAGGAAUGCAGUAAGAAUUCAGUCUCCUGCUCUUAUCAGGGAUCGCAUGUAUCUUACUUGUAUUUGUCGAAAAAGUUGUGUGGGAUCAGAGCUGGUGGAUUGGCUCAUGCAGCACUGUCCAUUCGUUCAAUGUAGAUACACGGCUGCUGGAAUCUGGCAAAUAUUGCUCAAACUGGGAAUCCUCCUUUCAGUGGACAAGCAGCAUUGCUUCCAGGAUGGCUUUGUGUUCUACCAGUUUUCCGCAGAUGAGUGUGCUGAUGCUGUCUGUGAAUUUGGAAGAGACAAAGGCUGGCAGAUGGGAGUUCAACUCCUAAAACAGCUUGCACCACUUGCUCCAUUGACCUCGAAUAUCUGUGAUGUGUCUGCUGAUAAGUUAGAAAAUGGACCCGACGCAAACAACAGAAUCCUGCAAAUUCAAGCCCUUGCUCGUCUUACCUCUGCAGUGCAGAGGGAACUAGCAGCUGUUAUUGCCCUGAAAGUCCGAAAGUCUGUCGGUGAUGAAGAGGAGUUUACCUGCCCGGAAGAAUCCAGUCCAACAAUUUCUGAACAUACAUCAGACACAGAGGCCGGAGUUAUGUGCAAACUGAAUGGACGAGAAGAAUUCAGACGCAUUGAUUUUGUACAGAAGCUUACCAGGGAUCAGAUCUUGCCAUCUGUAGCCAAGAUACCUGACAAGAGGGAACAACAAGAGGAAGACUCCACUACUGUUCAAGUGAGAGAACAAGACCAAGAUGUUCUGGUGCUUAAGAAAGUGUCAUCAGAAAGGCCAGCCUCCACAGCAGGGAGUGGCGAGAGUGAUUGGAGGUACAUGGUGGUAUCGGGGACACCGGAGAAGAUUUUGGAGCACCUCCUGAAUGACUUGCACCUGGACGAUGUACAGGACAAAGAGACAGAUACCCUCCUGGAUGACUUCCUUCUCACGUACACCGUCUUCAUGACAACAGACGACUUGUGCCAGGCGCUCCUCAGACACUAUUGUGCCAAGAAAUACGACGGCAAGGCAGACAGCCCAGAGGCACUGUGUACAAAGCGGAAGGUCCUGCUUCUUGCAUCUCAGUGGACUGCUUUAUAUAAAGACUGGCUACAUGAUGAUGAGCACUCCAAGUUAUUCCUGAAGACCCUCUAUCGCUAUGUGCUCGAUGAUGUGUAUGAAUAUCCCAUCUUGGAGAAGGAAUUAAAAGAAUUCCAGAAGGUGCUGCGGAUCCAUCGUCGUCACACUGUGGACGAAUACUCACCACAUAGAAAGAACAGAGCUCUCUUCCACCAAUUCAGCCUUAAGGAGAACUGGCUGCAGCACAGAGGAAAUAUGAAUGAAAUAGAGGAAAUUUUCUGCCGGGUUUACAUAACAGAUCACUCCUACGUCAGCAUCAGGACGAAGGUUUCCAGUUCUGUGCAAGAUAUUUUGAAGAUAGUAGCUGAGCGGAUACAGCAUCCAGAAGAGGACCUGGCUUUGGUCACUGUCACGUUUUCCGGGGAAAAACACGAACUUUUGCCCACAGAAAUGGCUCUUUCCAAGUCCUUGGAAUCGUCCAGUCGUAUAUACACUUACAGGAAGAGUGACACCUUGAAUCCGUUUGCAGAAAAUGAAGAGACACAGCACAGACCAGUGAGGAUCUUGGGGAUGAACACCUGGGAUCUGGCCUUGGAGCUGACAAGUUUUGACUGGAGUCUCUUCAAUUCUAUACACGAGCAAGAACUGAUUCACUUCACCUUCAGCAGACAGGGUAAAGGGGAGAAUACCCUAAACCUGAAUCUUCUGCUGCAAAGAUGUAACGAGGUUCAGCUUUGGGUGGCCACCGAGAUUCUCCUCUGCAACCAGCUUGGAAAACGGGUACAACUUGUGAAAAAGUUCAUCAAGAUCGCUGCUCAUUGCAAAGCUCAGAGGAAUUUGAAUUCUUUCUUCGCCAUCAUAAUGGGGCUGAAUACAGCAUCAGUCUGUCGACUCUCUCAGACCUGGGAGAAAAUCCCAGGAAAGUUCAAAAAACUCUUCUCUGAACUUGAAAGCCUGACGGAUCCAUCUCUAAACCACAAAGCGUACAGAGAUGCUUUCAAGAAAAUGAAGCCUCCCAAAAUUCCAUUUAUGCCCUUACUUCUAAAAGAUGUUACAUUUAUUCAUGAAGGAAACAAAACCUUCUUGGACAACCUUGUCAACUUUGAAAAGCUGCACAUGAUAGCCGACACAGUGAGAUCACUGAGAUAUUGUCGGAAUAACCAGUUUGCCAACAACUUUCCUCAGAAAGAGCACCUGGAGGCCAAGUUUUAUACCAAUCACUUGCUUGUGAUUGACAACCAGCAGACUCUCUUUGAGCUAUCGCACAGGAUAGAGCCGCGGGUGUAGACACACACCCUGUCUGGACUGAAUGACCGCUGAUGCCAAGCAUGUAGCUUUACAAGGAAAAUAUUUUUACUGAGUUUUAUCAGUAGUGGACAGAAACCCAUACGAGCAUGGAAGAGAACUGAGCAGCCCUUGCCUCUCCCCGAGAAAAGGAGGACACUUCAAGAAAUUCACUUUCUUUCCGCAUUAACCAAGAACAUGACUAUUUCUUGUAAGAAGAUAUACCCCUGUGUUUACAGCUGAUGUAGUCUAAGCACCUUGUGGGUGGACAGAACUGGUGCCAGGGGGCAUCAUGAUACCCCUGCAGCUUCUCCUGAUGUCCUUUACCAAUGUGUUUGCUAAAUGUACUCAU